UUUGUCAUCGGCCGAUUGUCAGGCCUAACACACACAUUUUUUCUCGUGAAAUUGCAAAAGUUUUGUUUUGCGUGUGUUUUAAUGGCUAAAUCCGGGCAAUUUUAGUUAUAUUUAACAUCAACAUUAACUAAAUCAUAUCAAACACCAGCAAAUUCAAUUAUCUUGAAUUGUGUGUGGUUGUUUGCAGUGGACGACGACGCCGAAAAAUUAAUCUUUGAAGAAUAAACGUUUAGAGGCCAUUCAUCAUGUAUAAUGGAAUAGGUUUAACCACACCUCGUGGUUCCGGCACUAACGGUCAUGUACAACGCAACUGGGCUUUUGUACGACCCGGUAAAAAGGACAAUUCCAAUUAUCGCUCCGAAGAGGAUAUUAAGAAAUUGGAUGCUACAUUAAAUCGGCCACCCAAUAAGGAGAUUUUAGAUCAUGAUCGUAAACGUAAAAUUGAAGUGAAAUGCUUGGAGUUUGAGGAGAUUUUGGAGAAUCAAGGACUAUCACCUGAAGAAAUCAAGGCCAAAGUUGAUUCGUAUCGACAGAAAUUAUUGGGCACAGGAAAGACAGAUAUACCAAAAGAUGAAUUUGGUAGAGUAGCUGUCCGUGAUACCCAUCAAAUUGCCGAAGCACAACAGGAGAAAAACGCCAAGCUACGUGAAGCCUUCAACAUAUCAGAGUAUUUCGUUGAAGGUUCCAGUUUCGAUUCGGAUCGCAAAGCUAAAGAAGAUUUAGCUAAAAGUUUGGCAUUACAAAAAGAACUGGACGCUCAACGUGAACAGGCGGCCGCAGCAGCCUCUGCUGCAGCAGCUAAAGACAAGGAAUCAUCGAAACGUUAUGCUUUAGUACGGACACCGUCCAGAGAACGUGAUGUUCCAUCAUCUGGUGGAGGUGGUGGCGGCGGUGUUGAUGGAGUUGGACUAGGUGGAAAUGGAGAUAAUGAUGAGCAUUCCAUUAAAAAGAAGAAAAAGAAAAGAACACGUGAGAGCUCCAACAGUCCCGAACGUAAAAAGGAUAAAAAGAAAAAAUCCAAGAAACACAAAAAAGAAAGUAAAUCCAAAAAGAAGAAAUCACGUAAACGUAAAUCCAGCGAAUCGGAUAGUGAUGAUGCUGACAAUCGCAAAGAUACGGGCGAUGAGAAUGAUUCCUCGGAUUCCGAAGGCGAGGUGAAGAAGAGUCGCAAAAAAUCCAAAAAGGAUAAGAAAAAGCGUGAGAAAAAAUUGAAACGGCGAGAGCGAUCAUCAUCUUCGGAAAAAUCAAGAUCAAACUCUCCCGUAAGCAAAGCUGCAGAUUCCAAGAAGGAAAGCUCGGACGUGAAAAAGGCAAAUCCUUUCCGUAGUCGCUCGAAAGAACGUCAAAACUCCUCCAAACCUAGAGAGAGCAGUGGAAAACGUCAACAUGAUUCAUCGCAAGAGAAUCGCCAGCGACGUAGCCGUAGUCGCAGUCGCCAUGAGAGGAAUACUAGAAAUGACGAUCGAAAACAACGUACCAAUGACAGUCGAGAUUCACAUCAAAGACGUGUCUCCCCCGACCAUAGGAGCUAUAGUCGUGCUGAUGGUGGCGGUGAUCGUCGUGACCCUAAUAGGGAUUCUCGGCGCCAUUCACCUACCUCCCGAUCAAGGCGACGUGAUGGCACCACACCCGAACGUUUACAAGAACGUAAACGUAAAUAUUCCGGUGAUCGUCAAUCGCCAAGACGUCGUGAAAGUCGUAGCAUGGAAAAGAGACAGAAAUAUUCAAGGUCACGAUCCGUACAUCGUGAUGUCAAGACCAAAACAAAUAUUUCUCCAAAAAAGAGAAAUAGCAUUUCAAGAUCUCGUUCCAGGACACCGCGACGACGAAGUGUGGAACGUAGUAAAGUAUUACGAAAAGAAAAAUCUAGAUCCAAAUCUCCCAUUCGCAAAGAGAAACGUAGAACUUCAUUGUCCCGGGAAAAUAGGAGACGUUCUAGGUCACCAUCGCCGAGACAUGAAAGCGGAAAAUCUAAGACGCCCGCUAUGAAGGAGAGGCGUAGAUCUAGAUCUCCGGUAUUAAAUGAAAGACGUCGUUCCAAAUCUCCUAACUUGGGUGAAAGGCGUCGAUCCAAGUCGCCUGUGGCUUCGUCUCAAAGACGUAGAUCCAAAUCUCCAAUUGGAAAAGAAAGACGUAGGUCAGUAUCUAAAGCUUCGGCAAUUAGAGAGAGGAAAAGAUCUAGGUCUCCCAUGACAAGGGAAAGGAAGUUAUCUAGAUCUCCUGUUGCCGAAAGGAGAAGAAGCAGAUCAAAGUCGCCUGUUGUCAAGGGCAGAUCUAAAUCUCCCCUUUCCAGAGGAAGGCGACGAUCUCGCUCGCCCAUUUCAAAGGCUGAAUCACAUGAGCCGGCCAACAAACGUAAUAGAUCGGAUGAAACCCGAAAUAAAACUGAACGCAAAACCCGGGAUAUAUCAAAUGAGAGGCGGACUAAACGAGCCCCAUCCGAGGAGAGCAAAAAGUCAAGUUCCUCUAAGGUAACUAGAGGUGAACAUACAAAGAGCACAAAUGCGGUGGUUCAAAAAGAAAAAGAACGAUCCCAAUCCAGCUCAUCCACAUCUUCAGAUUCUGCCUCCUCUUCGGGUAGUGAGAGUUCUCGUUCACGCAGCAGAUCUCCUCAGAAGAAAAAGAAAACAAAUAAUAAGAAAUCCAAUCGUAAAUCCAGAUCAGCUAGUCCCAAAACAGCCUCCACAUCCGAUAAUCCGGAAAGGUUAAAGUAUUUGCGUUCCCCUGUACGGCCUUCGUCUAGAACAUCACCUGCGGCAAGGCAGGAGAACAAACCCAAAUCACGGGAACGUGAUACCUCAGCUGAAGAGGGUAAUAGACAUGAGAAUACUCCACCCAGAUUGGAGAAGAAGAAAAAUUCUCCACGAUCCUCUAGGGAUUCAUCGGAACUUAGCUAUUCUCCAGCUCUGCGCAACCCGGAACGUUAUCGCGAUAUUUUAGAAAAUGCCAAUAAGCAAAAGGCCGAAAAACAUCACAAAGAAACAGAAUCAGAGUCGUCGGGUAAAACUCAAAGAAAAUCCUCAUCGUCGUCGUCGAAACGUCAACAGGACGAACCAUCGACAGAUGGCAAGGAACAAAAACGUAAAGAUGGCAGUGAAGCCACUAAGCGGGAUAAAAAUCACUCGCUCAAACCCCGCGUCCACCUACAGUCUCAAAGCGAAGACGAGAACAGCGACACUGCUGAGCGCAAUACGGAAAAAAUUCUCGAGGAAUUCCAAGAAUCAAAACGUGGUCGUGAAUUGAAGGAUUUGAAAAUGUUGGAACAGCUGAAGACCGGCAUUGCCGCCAAAGCCAAGGAGAAAAUCAAAACAAUUGAAAAAAUGGCAAAUUCAUCGACGGCCAUGUCAGCGGCCUCCACCUCGGCUGGCGGAGAUGUAAGUGAUCAAAGUUAUGCUGCCUCGAAACGAGGCAUACGCAACUCUCUAAAUGACUUUUUGGCUGCGAAUAAUAAAGCGCCAGCUGUAGUAGCGACAUCAUCACAAAAUCUAACGGCCAACUCACCGGCUGGAGCUAUUUAUCCACAGACUUUAGAAGAAAUAACCAAAGAACAAAAGUCUCAAACACAGACAAACAAAGUUAGUGAGCGUGAGGAAGUACAGACCACAACAACAACGACGACGACCACGACCUCGACGGAACGAAGAACGGACACUGAAACGCAGGCUGAUUGCAAAAAGCCUCCAACGGCUGCAAAUGGCCAUGCGCACACAAGUCCAAAAGUAAAUGCCAGACCACCGCCACCGCUUUAUUGCAGUGGCGUGGAAAGGGAGCGUAAACGUGAUCAAUAUCAUUAUCAUCGUGAGCGUGACGCCAAAGAUAGUAGGGACCUUAAACCACGUGAACCUCUUAACCACAACAAAGAGCGUUUCAACGAUCGCCGUCAAAGGCAGUCGCCUUCCGCUUAUGGAGGUGGUGGUGGUGGGGGCGUAGGAGCAGGGGGUCCCCGGCGGCCCAAUAAUCUCAACAUGCAUCCGCCACACAAUCACAAUCAUCGACAACCGCGUAUGAAUGGCAACAUGGUGGGUGGCAUGGGAGCAGGUGGUGGUGGGCCACAUCAUCAUCACCAUCACAAUCAUCACCUAAAUAAUCAUCACAACAAUCCCAACUCCCCAUUUGCUAACUCAAAUGCUAACCACUCUCUUAACCCUAACAACAACAAUAACUCUAUUAACCUUUCUUUCAAUCGUCCUAGUCGCAUUAACAACACCCCCCUUAUAACAGCCACUCAGUUCAAUAACCAAAUGCUUAGUAAGCAAUCGAACAGUAUUCUAGUCAAUCGUCGUGAUCAUCGUACCGCUUUAACAAUGGGUCUCAGUGCCACCCCCUCUACUAACUACUCCAAUACGAAUUUGUUGCUAACCAAAGCUAAUCUUAAUAGCAAUCAUCAGCUACAUGGUUUCCAACACCAGCACCACCUUCCGCAUCAUCACCACCACCACCAUCAUCAUCAUCAUAGCAAUUCGAAUUCGAACACUAGUAGCUCCCAAAUAACCGAUCGUAUUUUGAUGGCCGCCUCUAUAGCGGCGGCCCAGCGUCACAGUUUAGGACUGACCGCUGCGACGUCGAAUAGUUUAAAUCUCUUGCAACAGCAAACGAAUGCUAAGCCCAAAAUUGUAAUAAAACCUUUUAAAAUUAAUGAUUCACAGCCUUUGGUCGCACUGGCGGACUCAUCGCUCGUAGAUGCCAUUGUGUCGAAAGUGUCGACGGCAACGGUGGCAGCGGCCGAGAGUGCGGCUCGACGAAGUCGCAGUCGGUCGCGACGCAGCCGCAGUCGUACACGCAAGGAUGAUGGCAACGGUGGAGGAGAUCGUUCGGAACGUGACACAACCGGUGGCAGUGGACGUGGUCGUUCCAAGUCGCAUUCAAGAUCAUCAUCUUCUUCAAGUCGCAGUCGUAGUCGUAGCCACAGUCGACGUAGUUCACGCUCACGUUCUCAUUCCUCACACUCUAGUUCAUCGUCCCGCAGUUCAUCGAGGAGUUCAUCUAGCAGCAGCAGUAGCUCUGGAUCCUCACGUUCGGGCACCCGCUCACCAUCAAUACCGCGACGAAGGGGUUCGCCCAGCUUCCUAGAUCGACGACGCAUUACCAGUGCCCGCAAACGACCGAUACCAUAUCAUCGCAAAACGCCUUCAGAUGUCUCCAGUUGCUAUUGUUCCAGCUGCUGCAGCCGUGAGAGUUCACCACGCUCCCGUUCACGUUCUCCAUCGCGCAACAGUCGUAGUCCGUCGCGAAUUUUCUGAGAUUUACAAUGGCAGUUCAAUGAUAUUUUGCCGCCUCAUCUUUGCCAUCCUUGGAUAUAGUUUUUCGUUUCCUUUCUUACUCUAAGUCGUUAUUUGUAUAGGUCUAUAGAGAGCAUUCGUCUAAGUCUAGUCAUUCUUUUUUGUUUCUCUUUUAAGAAAUUGUUGAUAUUUAUACCAAAAAAUAUAUAUAUUUUUUUUGUUUAUGAAUCUUUUUUGAAAAAAUAAAUACUCUGCAUUUACAUUGUAAUUACUCUAAGUACACAAUUUAAUUUUUUUGUAAUAAUUCCAAUAUGAUAUUUUUUUAUAUAUAUAAGAACGUAACGUCGUAUAUUAUUUAGUGCAAUUUAUUUA